GAAGAGCACGUGGCACAAUACGUUGGGGCGAUGGCCGGUGCUUCUUGAAUAUUGACCAAGCACAUCUUUUGGGGCUUGGGUUGUUGUUAUGGACUACACGUUUCCCACUGUCUACUUAUUAACCAGUAGUCAAUCUUGGAGAUGAUGGUUAUGGUCAUGGUCAUGGAAACCGUGUUGAUACAACUUUCAACUUUGUUUCUUUUCUAUUCCCUAAGACAUAUAUAAGACCUUUGCUAUCUUUCUUGCUGGAGGAUGCUGUCGUUGGCUUGAAAGGAAAAAUUUCAAACUCCAGUAAGCAGUCCGAAAUAUGGAGGAGGCAAAAUCUGGCAAAGUUGGGAGCUUAAAUCUGCCCAUUGGAUUUAGGUUUCAUCCCACUGAUGAAGAGCUCUUGGUUCACUACUUGACCAGAAAAAUAUUUUCCAUGCCUUUGCCUGCCUUAAUCAUCCCUGAAGUACUGGAUGUUUUCGACUCUUUUCCUUAUGACUUGCCUGCAGGGGACUUAAGGGAGAAGAGGUAUUUUUUCAGCAAAACAAAUGGAGAUAUAAACAGCAAGGGGUGCAGCAGAUUGAUCGCUGGCAGGGAUUGUUCUGGUUACUGGAAGGCCGUUGGCCAAGACCAGCUAAUUGUUGUGCCAAUUUCGGGUACUGGAACUGGAAUAAGCAGCCAACAACAACAGCUAGUUAUUGGGACGUUAAAAACCCUUCGAUUUUACCAAGCAAAGCAUUCUGGAUUUUUAAGAACUCGUUGGUUUAUGCACCAGUAUUCCCUUGUUAACCUUUCCCCAUCUGAUCAGAAUGUUAACAUGACUCAAGUAGGAGAUUGGAGCAUCUUUCGCAUAUACCAGAAUAAAUUACUAAUAUCCAAGAACGGAAGGGCUAAGGCUAAUGUUGUUGCUGAGCAAUGUAACAAAACUAGUACGCGAAAGAGGCCCAUUGAUGUAGUGUUGCAGGACAAGGAGGAGUUCCAAUUAGGCAUUCCUCCACCCUCUUCUACUUCCUCUACAAAAUCAGCAGUAACUGAUAUCUCUUCUAAUCAAUCACUGGAAUUAGAUCAAGAAGUAACCAGUUGCCACUUCAGAUUUUGAUUUUUUUUUUUUUUUUUUUUUUUUUGUGAGCAUCCACAAAAGCUUGCUUUAGUUGUUUUUUUCGAAUAACAACAAAAGGAAAAUUGGCAGGA